CCGGAUGAGGCGGGGCGACUCAACUUGAGCUCUGCGUGAGCUGUGUGUCAAACAUUCUCGCCAACAUGCCUCAAGCAUGACAGUAAACUGGUUCUGCUGGGUGACGGGGAAACAGCACCACAAGACUCUCGAGUCCCACUCGGAGCUACAACGCGACGCAAGAGGGAGAUGACGCCUUCACGGACCAGUCCGCGCAAACUCUGAAGCCGAGGACUGCGGGUUACAGUAUGGCACGUCGCUCGCAGUGUUCCUCCGCCGGGGACAACCCUCUCCACCCCAACUACCUCCCGCCUCACUACCGCGAGGAGUACCGCCUGGCCAUUGACGCUCUGGUGGAGGCCGACUUGGAUGGAUACUAUGAGUUUCUCCAGAGAGCAGACGUGGUGGAUUUCCUGUCCCCCCCUGAGAUAGACUACAUUCAAGGAUCGGUCCAGCUGCCGCAGCAGAGCUCCAAUCCCGACCACCCUUAUUUAGAAUCCGACGGGGAGGGCUCCUCGGACACUUACUGGCCGGUCCACUCCGACUUGGAAGUUCCCGGUUUGGAUCUGGGCUGGCCUCAGUUUCACCACUCCAGUUUGCCUACAGAGGUCACAACCCUAGUUAACCCUCCCGAGCCUGACAUGCCGAGUAUCAAGGAGCAAGCGCGGCGACUUAUCAAAAACGCCCAGCAGGUGAUUGGCAUCGUGAUGGACAUGUUCACUGAUGUCGACAUAUUCGCCGACAUUCUCAAUGCCGCCAUGAGGAACGUUGCCGUCUACAUCAUUCUGGAUGAGCAGAACGCGAACCAUUUCACCCACAUGGUGAACAACUGCAGAGUUAAUCUCCAUGCGAUCCAAUUUCUGCGGGUGAGAGUUGUGUCCGGCAUCACAUAUCACUGUCGCUCAGGAAAAUCCUUCAAAGGUCAAAUGAUGGACCGUUUCUUGCUGACCGACUGCAGAGCGGUGCUCAGCGGAAACUACAGCUUCAUGUGGUCUUUCGAGAAGCUCCACCGCUGCAUGGCGCAUCUUUUCCUCGGACAGCUUGUUUCAACUUUCGAUGAAGAGUUUCGGAUACUGUUCGCCCAGUCGCAACCGCUCCUUAUUGACAAUGUGCCGCCCCAAAUGGAGGAAUUUGGCCUCUUACCGAAAAGGUCGUAUCCCAACAUUAGAACUUCGUUGCACAGAGAUCCGAGAAGAUUUCUGUCGAUGGAUGUUCCCGGUCAGGAUGAGUGGGUGAGGCAUCCCUAUGAGGACCGUAUGGACGGAGACUGGAGAGUGACGCAGCUAAAAAGGCAGGAGACCGUUCCCGGACCAGUGGAUAUGUACAGCAAGUUUUCACCGCAGCAGUCGCGGAUUGAGAUGCAUUAUGAUCAGGGUCACUCAAGGAUGCCCAAGAUGGACAAUGCAGCCUUCAAGCGACACAGUUAUGCUGAAGGCGGCCAUGGCAGAUACUCUUUACCGUUCAUGCAAGCGCCAGCACCACCGGACCUCGAUGUCCCCGGCAGGCAGUUACACAGAGGCUCUCAGCUGAACAUCGGGCCAGAGGCCGAGUACAGUGGCCAUGAGAAAUUCUGGAAUCAAGACUAUCACCCAAUAGAGCCCUAUUCAGAAAGGUGCUACCUACCUGACCUGGGACCAGCCGAUGCCUACGACCCUGUGGCGAACUACCUGGCCUCCACUAGAACCAGAGACUUCGAUCAGGGACCAGACAGAUUACAGAUUCCAGGUGACUUGCCUUUGAGCAAUAGGCGGCUGAGCGGUGGGCAGGUGUAUCCUAGCCAAAUAUCACCCACCCCCUCAAACACAGUGGAGGAAAAGCCUUUUUUGCAGGAGUCCAACGUGGACCGAAAAGACCCCAUGGUGAAAAAGGGCUUAAGAAACUGGAGACUUAACUCGUAUCUCAGUGCUUAUGAUAAUCCAGUCGAUGAAGGGCCGUCGUUGACCCCUCCAUUGGCUCAGGAUCCUUUUGAAGAGCCGCCGCAUCCAGUCGAGCUGAAGCCUCAAGCCGUGGAAUUCUCAAUACCAAAAAUCCCGAAUGUCCGAGAGUUCCGAGUUCCAGCGAUACCCAGGGCCAGUCAGAUUCCCAGUUACGCCAAAACAGCUCUGUCUGAUCAGACGAAAAGACAGACGGAGGAGAACACUCAAGUGCCGGCUGUGACCAAAACCUCCGAGCCCAUAAACCCUGCUGCACAGACAGAGACCAGAACACAGAGCCCAUUAACCCUGAGCGAGACCAAAACACCUGGAGAAGCCAAGACCACCCCGUGCCCGUCAGAGUCGUCAUCAACAACCACCGACGGUGACAAACCAGAGGAGCUGGAGCCGAAAGAGCCCAUCAGUGGGCUGCUCAGGCGCGAAGAGUCUUUCCGCCGGAAAUACAACCCUGGCAUUCAGAGGAGCUCCAGGUUGAGAUCUUCUCUGAUUUUCAGCUCGCUGGAGCAACAUACAGACUCCAAAACUUCUUCUGAACAGCAAGACGAGGAAAGCGACAAGAAGGAGACGGAACUGGCGAAGCUUCCUUAUGUAUCUCAGGUGUGGUCCCAAAAAAGAACAGCGAGAGAACCAUUUAAAUGGACUCCGAAUGUAGCCUCCACAACCUCUGACAGCUCCACCACCAAGGCUGAUAAAACUGAUGGAGAAGAGUCUAAAGAGGAGAACUCAAAGGAAGACGCACAGAAGUCGAAUGACCCAGCCUCAAAGGAAACAGAUGCAGAGCUAAAAGAUCCACCUGAAGUGUCUGGCCCCAAACCUUCUAAAGCUUCUGAGCUGCCGUCCAUGUCUUUUCUCAACAGUUCUCCCUUUUUGGACAUGAAUGAUCCGGAUCAGAGGCUGAUGUUUUUCAAAGAGCUGGCAGCCAAACGCAAAGCUGCCAAGGCCAUGGAGGCUGAGAAGAGCUCAGAGAAAGCAACAAAAGAGCCAGAGAUUAAAAAUGUCGUCGAACCACAAAAGGCGGCUUCAUCCGUUCAGAAGGUUGGUUUGGUGAAUUCGUCAGAAUCAACAGAGGCUUUUCCUAAAGAGGCUGUGAAGGUUGACCUGCAGGUUGAUACAACUCAAAGCUGUGAAAACGUGUCUACUGAUUCGGAAAAAAUGAAACAAAAGAUCAGCCAGUUGGCAGCAGCGGUGCAUAUUUCAGAAGACAUGCAAUCACAUGACUCUCAGGAGCUGCCAAAACUUGCUGUCAAGGAUGUCACCGCCGAGGCUGCUCUGAAGACACCUGAAAAACUUGAUGUUGUUCCGUCACCUGUGCUGUCAACGGAUGAACGCAACACACUGACUCAAGAGUCCGACGCACCAGUCGACAUGCCAUCCUCCUCCUCUAUAUCGAUUCACAACAUAGACGAUUCCCAGACCAACAAGUCAGAUACACUCCCCACCGCUUCUACACUUCUCGCUGAAUCAGCUACAGAAAAAGAAAACACGUCAGAGUUAACCGUUUCCACGGAAACGCCCUCCACUGAUAGCAAACAGCCUCCCUCCUGCACCCUAUCCACUUCAAGUGCUCCUGCUGAAGACCAAAACACUUCCAAAGAUGUUCCAGCACCUCAUGCUCCCCAAGUAGAGCUGUACAUAUCUGAGGAACCGUACCCCGCACCAUCCAUCCAGCCUUCUGAAGGGACAGCAGAGAGACCUUCUGAUAUAGACUCAACUCCAGCCUCAAUAGAUACAGUGUCAGAGGCGACGUCAGCAGUUGACCCAGAUAUUUCUCUGAACCAAAGUAGCCCCCUUCCAAACGUAAACAUUGAUAGUACAGCUCUGCUUUCAACUGACUCACCUGCACCUGAAAGUAAUUCAGAUGAAGCUCCUUGCUCACAAGAGCCUGUAGAAGAGGUGGAGACAGAUGACGUUACACCUGCAUCUGAUGAUACUGUAGCUAAUGUGCCUCCUGUGGAAUCUGACUCUGUUACGCCUGCAAUGAAGGAGCAUGUCUCACCCACGCCCAGCCCUGCAGGUGUUCUGACAGACACGCUCACACCGUCUCUGCAAGACUCACAGCAACAAGAGGCCCCCCAAUGUGAACCUGAUCCGACUGACCUUGGAGCAGAUGAACUGGAAGUGGAGGAUUCAGCUGAGUCCGGUUCUUCGACCACUCAGGCUUCAACAGAAAUUCAGACUUUGACGGAGACAGGGGGGCCUACCACCGCCCUCACCCCCAUCUCAACAGAAAACGGACUUGAACCUGAGUCUGAGUGUUUAGAAAAGAACACUGUCAGUCCACCGCAGCCUGCUGAUGAUGUUGAUCUGGCUGCUCAGAGUGAAGUAGAAAAAGAGUUGCCAGAAACUGCGGAUGACAAAGUAGCAGUUGAAGAGUCUGCUGAGGAAACUAUAUCUAUUGAAAAGGCAAAUGAUCAAGAUGAUCAAUCCAAAAGUGAAAAGACAGAUGUCAAGAUGGACGAAGGUCCGCCUCCAUCAUCACUGCCCAAACAGCCCAAAUCUCGCUACCAUUCGUCCACCGCCAACGUGAUCUCAAGCAGCAACCUCAGAGACGACACAAAGCUGCUGCUGGAACAAAUUUCUGCUCACAGUCAGAGCAGGAAUGAGAUGAGCAAAGAGGCUCCUGUUACAGACGACGAGAAGGAAGACGAAGCCGACAAGAUGGCGAACGUAGGGGUGAAGCCGAACGGAAAAGGGCGGCAGAAGACGCCACAAGAGCGACAGGUAUUGCUGGAGAAGAUCCAGAGCAUGAGGAAGGAAAGAAAGGUUUACAGCCGCUUUGAGGUACGAACGCCCGAAACACGUGAAAGAAUUGCUCUUUUUGUUUGAUACGAUCCAUACAUUUUACGACAAAGCUAAAACUGCUGGCAUAGUGUUCACAUUGAAACCAUGAAAACACUCCUUUGACAUGUCGGUUGUGGUCCUUUCAAGCCACCGACUGUGGCCUGCGGUAGAGUCCAGAUCUCUACCGCGGGCUAAAUUCACACUGUUUAUACUGUACACAGCUCUUCGUGCGGCACACUGAGUCAUAAUCUCCCCAGCAUAUCCUGGGUCUGUCCCAGGGUUCCUUCCUAUACCUGGUGUAAGUAUAGAAUGAGCUUGCCUUGCGAAAUCUGCUCAAGCUGCCGGCCUGCUGACGACUCUGCAGUAUCGCUCUGGGAUUUUUCAACUUUUUGCUUACCAAACGCAACUUCAAAUAAAUGUUUUAGUCAAAGUUUUUACUCCACAUGAAACAUUUGACUUAAGAUGCAUAAAAAUUUGCGACGUACCUAGUGCAUAUACUUUCAAUUUCUAUUAAUUUUGUCAAGGGACUAAAAAAGGCAAACAUUGUAAAAAGUUGAACAAAAAGUACUUGUCAGGUUGCUGUUAAAAAUGUUUGUACGACAACACAGUUUUUCUAUGACCACACUAGGGCCCCAAUCGAGGAGAUGGAGGGCCGCAUGUGGCCCCUGGGCAGUACUUUGCCCUCGUCUGCUCUGGAACAUUGCAGACUUUUACUUCUUAAAAUAUGUACAUUUUACGGACAAUAUUUCCAUUGACAGUAAUAAUAAUAAUAAUGAACUUAAGAGCCAAGAUAGUUUGGAUAAUUCUAUACAUUUUUUAAGUAUAUGAAGAGUCAUUCAGCGCAAACUCAAACCUCAGAACCUGAUAACCUCUGCCUCUCCUGGAAUACCAGAAGUAACAAUACAUCUCUGAAUAUAAUAUAGUCCGAUAUUGGCUUGUGCUUCUUCCUGUUUGGUGACAACACUGUGUCAUUCAGCCAAUCAGAGAAGCUCACUUUCAUAAGGUCGAAGCUGAUUCUGCUGCUGCCAAAUGGGUCACCUUCCCACCAAAACACAAGUUGUAGCUUUUUGUUGACAUAAAUGUUUCAUGUGUAGCAAAAUGAGGGAAAAAAAUUCAAGCCUUUCUUCAAGCCUGUGCUGCCCUCAGAUGGUCUGGGAGGGCCAGCUUCGCAGAAGGCAUGGUCUCCCAUGGUUCUGGGGGCAGGGCUUCCUCAAUGAUAUUUGCUGGGUGAGGUGCCCUGGAUGCGCUAAUGGGUGAAAAGGUUCAUUUUGUAUCCAGCCCUGGAGGCAGAGCCAAGGUACGUCAUGAAGGAUGGGAUGCCAAAAGAAGUAUGAAUGAAUGAAAUAUGAUGCAGAACCUCUCCAUGUGUCAUGUGUUUGCCAUGCUGUCGCUGAGCUGCAUUAUAUUUGAGAUGUUUUUGAUGUGUCAGUGAUAUGAUUGCUCUGCAUGUCUGUUUUCUACAGAUGGCACCUUAAGAGACUAGAAGAAGAGCGUGGAAGAGAAGGCUGAAGCUGGAAUGUGGAGUCAGCUAUUUCGCCCUGGGAGAAGUUACAUUUUUUUCAUGUGUAACUGUUGACAUUGACACGGUGGAGAGUCACACUGACACAAUCCAUGGCCCUGAGUGUGUCUGCUUAUGGUGCGUUCACGGACUAUACUGACUGCAUGGGUAAAGUGCAAUGUUCCUCUCAUUUAUUGCUCGCCUACACCCAUGUAAACACGUUUUAAGUCGGAAUGUAAGUAUUAUUCUUGUAGUGCUGUUAAAGUAGCAUUUUUUAAAAAAGUGUUAAAAUACUGCUUUGGUAUAGAAAAAGAUAGGUUUUAUGAAAAAGAAUACAUUGUAAAUAAAUAUCUAUGUGAGACAACUUUAUUGUAAAUAUUGUCUCCUUUCAUGUUGAAGUUGCCUCCGACAUGUUCAUGUACUGUGGGUUUUAUAUUUGUGCAAUUGUUGACCUUUGCAUUCAUUCCCAUUUAAGCAAUCCACUGUGACACAAGUAUCUGACAAAAAUAAAAACCUUUACUUGGACGUGAAUAUUUCUCGAGAAUAACAUCUUUGUAUGAAUCCACUGACAAAGGAUUAUGGACUACUGUAAGUUUAAUUACGCAUCUUUAAGUGAACGAGAGUGUUGCAUUUGCGGCCAAUUCAGCGGCCAAUUUAAAUGGUUCAGCAUGGACGCUAGUAAUCUUAAAAUCCCAUUCACUAGUAAACUGUUUGAAAAGAAGUGUGCUUUGAAACUCCUUCCAUUGCAAUGAUGACAUGCCAAUGAGCAAAAAGACUAAUGUUUUUCCAUGCUGUGUGUCUUAUGCCAUCUACCCUGCCUGUGUAAAUAGGAAUAAAUAUGACAUUCUGCAUAUGAAGUGAGUGUGGACUGAAAGUCUCUAACCUGGGUCGUGGGCAGACCUCUUAUGCCACCUUCUGGCGGUUUUUAUUUGCUGCUUUAAACGUCUUAAACGUUUCUAUGUCAUGGUGACAUUCACAUUAAAGUUUUUUUUUCAGGUUGCAGAAUAUGAGAACGUAUCAAGCCUUGUUAAACUGGUCUGGCGUCAGAAUCGCACACACACAGCAAAUAUAUGUACAUAAAAAAAUAAUAAGUCUCAUUUCUUGAGCCUAUGAAGACACCUCAAUUGACCAAUAAAGGUUUUCUCCUGUUCCACGUAGUGUUCCCUUUGUCUAGUUUAACAUAAGUAUAUUGUGUGUCCAGUAUGAACAGUGAGAGGUUAGAAUCCCUGGGACUUAUGUCUUUAUUCAUUCACACAUGCACACUCAUGCACACUCCUAGUUGCGCUAUAAUUGUUUGCACUCUCAUUGUUAACUCGACACCUAUGUUUUGGUUGUUUAUGUUUGUUUGUUUUUGUUGUUGUUCAUGUUGUUUUUGUUGUUUAUGUUGCGUUUUACACAUAGU